GAGUAGAUAUUAUAGAUAUUUCGAGGAAAAUGUAAAACGAUACUUUUGGUGAUAAAAUGACAAUGUUAGCUCGAUAAGAAAUUCUUUCGAUUCCGAUGAAAACAUACAAUUAGUAUGACGAAUUCGAAAACUGAGAAGAUAGACGACAAGUCAAAACGUGUGACACUCUCUUUUCUAUCCCUGUUUCAAUAUUCCAGCAUCACUGACAAAUGUUUGAUAUCAUGUGGAAUAUUGAGCGCAAUCAUCCUGGGUGCGGCUAUGCCGGCCAUGGUGCUAGUUUUUGGUCAGAUGACUGACACAUUUGUUGCAUUUGCAUCCUGCGUUGAAAAUGAAAACUGUACUUCUGGAAACCAAUCCUCUCCGUCUAAUUUUUCAAUCGCGGAACAAAAAGAACAAUUGUCACAAGAUUUGGAAGAUAUUAUGACAACAUUCGCAUAUUACUACGUUAUAGUAGCAUGUAUCUCAAUGAUUUGCGGAUUUUUUCAGGUACAUACAAUGUUGCUUUCCUCAUCAAGGCAGAUUAGAAAAAUACGACAGCAAUAUUUUAGAUCUGUUAUACGACAAGAAUUAGAAUGGUUCGAUAAUAAAUCAGUCGGUGAAAUAAAUUUACGUCUGAACGAAGAUGUCACCAAAAUCAGAGAAGCGAUUGGAGAUAAAUUCUCAUACUUUAUUAAUAAUAUAUCAACAUUCAUAUGUGCAUUGAUAAUCGGAUUCGUCAAUGGAUGGCAACUGACUUUAAUUAUAAUAGGCACUACACCUAUUCUUGUAUGUGCUUAUGCUCUAUCGGGAAAGUUUAUUACAUCUUGGAUUCAAAAAGAAAUGCAGGCCUAUGCAACAGCUGGUUUUAUUGUUGACAACGCAUUGAAAAAUAUACGAACUGUGGUUGCAUACGGAGCGCAAGAUAAGGAAGCAAACAGAUAUUAUGAAAAACUUGGCGACGCAGAAGAUCACGGAGUUCGUAAGGGGAUGCUGUUGGGAACAUUCCAAGGAUUUUUGUGGUGUUUGCUACUAUUGGCGUACGCACUUGCAUUUUGGUACGGAUCAGUUUUAGCAUUGAACCCUGAACUAGACUUUUCAAUUGGGAGACUCAUAACGGUAUGUUUUUCGAUUAUAUUGGCAACAUUCAACCUCGCACAAGCUGCAGCAGCAAUGGAUAUUUUUAUGACAGGACGAGUCGCAGGGGCAGCUGUGUUUGAAGUCAUAGAAAGGAAAAGCAGCAUAGAUCCCCUAUCUAAUGAGGGAUUCGUACCAGACGAUGUAAAAGGAAAAAUCAGUUUUAUCAACGUUAAUUUCAAUUAUCAAUCCAGGUCACAAAAAGAGGCUAUAAACUUCAUGAAUACUACGCUACAUCCAGGAAAAAUGUAUGCUCUAGCUGGAGCAAGUGGAACGGGAAAAACUACUUUGUUGAAACUAAUGCAAAGAUUAUACGAUCCACGAUCUGGAAAGGUUAUGCUUGAUGGAAGAGAUAUACGGACUAUCAAUGUUCGAUGGCUACGAAGCAAAAUUGGAGUCGUCAGUCAAGAACCGACUUUAUUUGCAACAACGAUAUUGGAAAAUAUACGACUUGGUUACGAUGGCGUACUUGAAGAAGAUAUUAUUGAAGCGUCAAAAUUUGCUAAUGCGUACGAUUUUAUUAUGGAUCUUCCCGAGAAAUUCGAAACGCUUGUUGGAGUUGAUGGAUGUCAAUUGAGCGGUGGCCAAAAACAACGAAUCGCUAUAGCACGAGCCAUAGUGAGAAAUCCGAAAAUUUUACUUCUGGAUCAAGCUUGCUCAGCUCUUGACACGCACAGCGAAGCAAUAGUUUUGGAGAAUCUGCAAAAAAUUAAAAGGGAUAAAACCAUUCUACUGGUUGCUCAUAGAGAAUCAACGAUGAAAUUAGCUGACGAAGUGAUCAAUGCGGAAGAGUUUGUACUUUCUUUAGACUCCAACACAAUGCGACGCAACGGUUCUCCGUAUUCAAGUGCGAAAAAUAUUGAGGAAACAAAAGAUCCAAAAGAUGGAUGCGGCAUAUUUCAUGAUGGUUUUCAAUUAGAAGAUGAAAUUUCGGGAAAAAACGUGAAGGUAAAUCUCGAAAGAGAAAAAAACGAAAUCGGCACGGAAACAAUUUCAAAAUGUGAAGACUUGUAUGACACAAUAGAUUAUCUCAGUUCAAAUAUCAACGGCUGUGAAAAUACGUUGGAGAAUGACCGCAAAGCCAUUGUUCCAACCACUGCAGUUCUUGAUCGAAAACAGAAAAUAAACGAGAACAAAAACACAGAAGUGGCUUCCAUGUCUCGUAUACUCAAAAUGAAUUCAACCGAAUAUCCUUACAUAAUAUUCGGAUCAACCGGGGCCUUACUGAACGGAUGCGUUCAGCCGGUAUUUGCUGUUUUACUCUCCGCCAUCAUUGGUGUUUAUGCUUUGUCAAACAUCGAUGAAAAGAGGGAUGAAAUAAAUUUUUAUUGUUUGAUGAUGAUCAUUAUUGCUGGUGCAUCAUUUAUAGCUCAGUUUUUGCAACAUUCAAUGUUUGCAAAAUCUGGAGAAGUUCUAACCAGAAGGGUUCGGAAAUUAACAUUUUCAGCGAUUUUACGUCAAGAUAUAUCGUGGUUUGACAGAAAAGAGAAUGAGGCAGCUCUGCUGUCAUUAAGGUUAUCCCAAGAUGCAGGAUUAAUACAGGGGGCAGCUGGUAUUCAAAUAGGAAUUCUCGUUUCUAUAGCAACUUCAUUGGCACUUGCUAUUGGAAUUGCAUUCUAUAGUGGAUGGAAAUUAGCUCUGUUGCAAGUUGCCUUUUUUCCUCUAUUCAUUGCUUCACAUGGCGCAAAAGCAAGAAUGGUUCAAACGAGUGCUUCGAGAGAUAAUUCAGCGCUGGCAAAAGCGGGAACGAUUGUAUCUGAAACUGUUGGUUCAAUAGAGACAGUUGCCCAAAUCGGAAAAGAAGAAUAUUUUUUAAAGAAGUAUGAAGAGACGUUAAAUGAUAUAGAAAGGAUUGGAAAAAGAUUGAAUGUACUUCAAGGAAUAGUAUUUGGAUUCGCAUCUUCAGUGAUUCAUUUUUCCUAUGCAGCAACAUUUCGACUCGGAGCUUAUUUGAUAAGGAAAGAAGAAAUUGAUUUCGAAAGCAUGUUCAGGGUGUAUUUCGUUAUUGUGUUUGCUGGACUGGCGUUGGGAAGAGCUUACAGAUAUUUGCCAGACUAUGCCGAAGCACGGAAAGCAGCAGGAAGAAUCUUUCAGUUGAUGGAUAGAAAACCAGUCAUCGACGUAAAUGACACAAGUGGAUUCUUGCCGAAAAAUAUUGAAGGUAAUUUGCAGUUGAAAUCGUGCGAAUUCACAUACGCAACUCGACCAGAUUGUUUGGUCCUGAAUGGAGUUAACAUUGAUGUGGAUAGUGGAAAAACUCUGGCUCUAAUCGGCGCAAGUGGGUGCGGCAAAAGUACAAUUGUUCAAAUUCUAGAGCGAUUUUAUAAUUUGGACGAGGGCGUUGUGAUGUUGGAUAACAAAGACAUCAGAAGUUACAAUUUGAAAUACAUGAGAUCGAAGAUCGGCGUCGUUUUUCAAGAUCCUUCGUUGUUUGACGGUACAUUGUAUGAUAACAUUGUAUAUGGAGACUGUGGUCGCUAUAUCACAUAUGAUGAUGUCCAACAAGCAGCCAAACUUGCGAACAUACACGAUUUCAUUGUAAGAUUGGAAAAGGGAUAUGACACCGAAGUUGGUUGCGUGGGUAAUCGUUUAUCAAGAGGACAAAAACAGAGAAUAGCUAUCGCCAGAGCUCUUGUUCGAAAUCCAUCCAUUCUUCUACUCGAUGAAGCAACAUCUUCGCUAGACAGCGAUAAUGAGAAGAUUGUCCAGGAAGCAUUAGAAAGAGCUCGACAAGGGAGAACAACAAUAUUGAUAGCACACAGACUUUCAACAAUUAAAAAUGCUGACAAAAUUGCGGUUAUAUCAAAAGGUAAAGUUAUUGAAUGUGGAAACCACGAUGAAUUGAUUGCAAUGGGAGGUGCUUACUAUAAUAUGAUUAAUCUAAAUACUAAUAAAAGUAACUAACAAUUUAACUCAAAUCCUGAUUCUGCUUCAAUAAUAAUUUAUAUGCAAUAAAUUAUUUUAA